UUUUUUUUCCAGUCAUGGACCGGCUGCCAAGAGGCAUGAGUAAGAGCCGGGAGCGCAGGCUGGGAGUGGUCACAGAGGGAGUGGUGCCUGCUCAGGGGAGCCAGCCCUGCCUCUGCCCCACAGAGGGUUGCUCCUACAUCAAGGUCCUUGGGAGGCUCUCGUGUUCCUUUUCCCUUGCUGUGCGUUUUCCAGGAUAACUGUGACUCCAGGCCCACAAUGGACGCUCUACAACUGGCAAAUUCGGCUUUUGCAGUUGACCUGUUCAAACAACUGUGUGAAAAGGAGCCAGCGGGCAAUGUCCUCUUCUCUCCGAUCUGUCUCUCCACCUCUCUGUCACUUGCUCAAGUAGGCACCAAAGGUGACACAGCAAAUGAGAUUGGACAGGUCCUUCAUUUUGGAAACAUCAAAGAUGUACCCUUUGGAUUUCAAACAGUGACAUCGGAUGUAAACAAACUUAGUUCCUUUUACUCCCUGAAACUGAUCAAACGACUCUACGUAGACAAAUCUCUGAAUCCUUCUACAGAGUUCAUCAGCUCUACAAAGAGACCCUACGCGAAGGAAAUGGAAACCGUUGACUUCAAAGAUAAAUUGGAAGAGACGAAAAGUCAGAUCAACCAGUCCAUCAAGGACCUCACCGACGGCCGCUUUGAGAACAUUUUGUCUGACAGCAGUGUCAGUGACCAGACCCAAAUCCUUGUGGUUAAUGCUGCCUACUUCGUUGGAAAGUGGAUGAAGAAAUUUCCUGAAUCCGAAACCAGAGAAUGCCCUUUCAGAAUCAACAAGACAGACACCAAACCAGUGCAGAUGAUGAAUAUGGACGCCACGUUCUGUAUGGGCAACAUUGAUGGUAUUAAUUGUAAGAUCAUAGAGCUUCCCUUUCAAAACAAACACCUCAGCCUGCUUAUUCUGCUCCCCAAGGAUGUGGAGGAUGAGUCCACGGGCCUGGAGAAGAUUGAACAACAACUCAACUCAGAGACGCUCUUGCAGUGGACCAAUCCCAGCACCAUGGCCAAUGCCAAAGUCAAACUCUCCAUUCCAAAAUUUAAGGUGGAAAAGAUUGUUGAUCCCAAAGCUAGUCUGGAAAAUCUAGGGCUGAAAAAUAUCUUUAAUGAGAAUACAUCCGAUUUCUCUGGAAUGUCAGAGACCAAGGGAGUGGCCCUCUCCAAUGUUGUUCACAGAGUGUGCUUAGAAAUAACUGAAGAUGGUGGGGAUUCCAUGGAGGUGCCAGGGUCACGAAUCCUGCAACACAAGGAUGAAUUCAAUGCCGACCACCCAUUUAUUUACAUCGUCAGGCACAACAAAACGCGAAACAUCAUUUUCUUUGGCAAGUUCUGUUCCCCUUAAGUGGCAAAAGCCCAGGUUAAGUCUCACCUGACUUUUCUGUAAACUCUGCAUCCAAAGAAACACUUUCUAAAUACAAUAAAUUGUUAAUAUUGCUGGA